AUGUCAAGCGCGCCAUCCUCGUCGCGCUCCACCCUCAUCACCGUCCUCUCGGAUACAGCCUUCCCCGACCAAGUCAUCGACGUGGCCGCCUUUCUCUCCCGAUCCAAGCCAGAGGCAGAGCGCAGCGACUACAUCAAUGCAUGGCAGGCAAAGGCGAGCGCCGAUGAUGUGGAUGCCGACGCUGUAGUCGAGGGAAUCUGCGCCGAGUUCAAGGGUCUGGGCGAGGGAUUGGACAGGGAGAUCGAGGGAGUCCACAACCUCGUAACCGCACUCAUCUUCAGCGUCGCAGACUCGCAAAAGGCGGAGCGACUCAUCGACGCACACGUUGCCACUAUUUCACGCGAGACGGGCAAGGAGACGGUCAAAUAUCGCAUCCUGUCCAACAUCUUCAACUCCCUCCCCCCAACCUCCCCCACCCGCUCCACCGUCUUCUCCGCCCUCCUCAACCUCGCUUCCCACGCAGACGACCUCGACCUCCUCUCGCCAGCCCUCGCCUCCCUCCCGCACUGGCUCGCCCAGUGGUCCAUCCCCGAGGCCCAAAAGGCCCAACUACUCGAGACGGUCGCCACGAAGCUCGAGCAGUCCAGCAAUGGAUCAGACGCAGAGAAGGCCUACGAGUUCCGUCUCGCACACCUCCAAUACCUCAGCUCAACGCACGAAGCAGCAGGGGCGAGCACGACUGCGACCGCAUCGGCAGAAAAGGCAAUCGCCUCGGCCCUGCGCCUGCCUCGCGUAUUCGCAUUCGACUCCCUCCUCAAGCUCUCCGUCGUAGAGUCCCUCUCCAGCUCCUCAUCCGCCCUCUUCUCCCUCCUCAAGAUCCUCGUCUCCGGAUCCCUGCGCGACUACCAGUCAUGGGCGACGUCCAACAGCGCAGAGCUGCAACGCCUCUCCAUUCCCGCCGCUCUGGUGGAGAGAAAAGUCCGUCUCCUCGAGGUGACGGCCCUCUGCUCGCGCGCCCUCGAGUCAUCGCGAUCGCAACCAGACGAUGCCUCGGGCUCCUCGGGCGGGGCCGAGGUGCCCUACUCUCUCAUCUCGUCCUCCCUCUCCAUCCCCUCCUCCGACGUAGAGGCGACAAUCAUCGACGUCAUCCGUGCCGGGCUGGUGAGCGGGAAGCUCAGCCAGACUCGCGAGACUUUCCGCGUGUACAGGUCCACGUAUAGGAGCUUUGGAGCUGAGCAGUGGGGGGUCUUGGAGGAGAGGUUGGCAGAGUGGGAGAGGACCAUUAGCGGGAUUUUGGCUACAUUGGGUGGUCCCAGAGGGGCGGGUGGGCAGGCGCAGGGAGCGAGCGAGGCCCAGGCUGUUGCGGCUGCGUGA